AUGUCUUCCGAUCAAGGCUCCUCUUCCUCAGAAGACACAACAUCUUCAAGUGAUGAGUGGUCAUCGUCAUCAGAGGAAACGGUUGCUCCGAAAUUCAUCCUGAAGUCCAAGUCCAACGCCAAGUCCAACUCAAUUGAUGAAAAUGAACAAAAUCAAGAGCCAAACGCUCGUCAGAGAAAGGCUCUUCUAUCACACUUAGAUCUGAAUCAAAGUAAGAUAGAAGAACAGGACGAGAGUGAAAGCAUUGACGCAGUAGACGACACUGAUGAUCUAGAUCCAGAAUUGGACUUGGUUGAGUUGGGAACCGUAGUUGCAAUGUCGUUGAGUCCAUUGCCAGAAUCGAUUGUUCCUUUUUUGAGCAAGUACCUUCCGGUACCAAAAGAUAAAAAAGUAUUUCUCACAUUAACAUAUGCGCAAUCGAUAGAUUCGAGGAUAGCCGCACAAGCUGGGGUUCAAACAAAGUUGUCACAUUCAGAAACAAAGACAAUGACUCAUUAUCUUCGGUCAAAACAUGAUGCAAUAUUAGUAGGCGUCAAUACGGUAGUAGUAGAUGAUGCGAAAUUGAAUUGUCGAUAUGGUUCAAAAUCGGAAAUUCGGCCGAUUAUUCUUGACCCUAGAAAAAGAUGGCGGUAUGCUAAAUCGCAAUUACGUAAAGUUUGUGAAAUGGGACAAGGGUUAGCUCCUUUUAUCAUAAUUGAUGAUAAAAUUGAUAUCAAUUUAGAUGAUGAAGAUGCCAAAACGCUUGAGCUACAAGGCGGGAAGUAUAUACAGUUACCAUUGUUGAUGUCGUCUAGUCUUGCAAAUAAUAGCUGGCGGCUUAUAUUGGAUAAGUUGUAUAAGCUUGGAAUCAAAUCUAUAAUGGUCGAGGGUGGAGCCACCGUAAUAAAUUCUUUGCUAUCGGAUUUUGGAGAUUUAAUCGACUGUUUAAUAAUCACCAUUGCUCCUGUAUUCUUGGGAAAAAAAGGCGUUGAAGUGUCUCCUUCUCACAUUACUAACCUACAAGAUAUAAAUUGGUGGACUGGUGUUCAAGACAGUGUUAUGUGCGCACGUAUUAAACACUUGGAGGGGAAAUAA